GCAUCAGCAGACUCGGUGGCAGUGGCAGUGACGUCCUCAGUGGCAGUGGCAGUAAAGUCUUCAGUGGCCGUAGCAUCGGUGGAUUCGGUAGCGGAAACAUCCUCAGUGGCAGUGGCAUCAGCAGACUCGGUGGCAGUCUCCGUGACUGUAACAUCAUCGGACUCGGUAGCAGUGGCGUCUGCGGACUCAGUGGCGGUGACAUCCUCAGUAACAGUGGCGGAAGCUGACUCGGUGAUGGUAACAUCCUCGGUGGCGGUGGGAUCGGCGGAUUCAGUAGCGGUAACUUCCUCUGUAGCGGUUGCCUCAGCAGACUCGGUGACAGUCUCGGUGGCGGUGACAUCCUCAGUUGCGGUGACAUCCCCAGUGGUGGAAGGAGACUCGGUCAUGGUAGCGACCUCGGUGACACUUGCGGUGGUGGUAACCACCUGUUCAGUCUCGUAGCACUCGUCAUUCUCUUCGUCAAGGCCAAAGACACACUCGCACUGGUGGGUGUAGUCUCGGGUGCGGUAGCGCAGGGAACCAGGUCAGUCGGGUUUUCGGCGGGUCCGUACACGCACUGGCACUCAUCGUUGCAGAGAUCGCUGUCGCUGUCACAUUGCUCGCCGGUUUCGCGCUGGUUGUUU